CUGGCUGUGAUAGUGUUUGGUCUGUGCACUCUAGCUAUGGGAAUAAUCCUGUCUUCAAUACCAUGGCUCGACUACAUUAUAUUGAAAAACCUGAGGCUAAUGAACGGCUCCCUGAGUUACCACUACUGGCAGAGACCUGGCGUCAACAGGCUUACCAAGGUGUACAUAUUCAACGUCACGAACACCGAUGCCUUCCUCAACAACGGAGAGAAACCGAAACUCGCGGAAGUAGGACCCUUCGUGUACAGAGAAGAUAUGGAGAAAGUGAACAUCAAAUUUCAUGACAAUGGGACUGUUACCUUUCAACACAACAAGAUCAUGCAGUUUGUACCAGAGCUCUCUGCUGACAAGAACAUCAGAGUGAUUGUGCCCAAUAUCCCUCUGUUGACGCUGACCACACAAAGCAACAGCCUGCCUCGGCUCUUGCGCAUGACCUUGUCAGUGAUGCUGCGGGCAAUGGGACUCAAGCCCUUUGUCAAUGUCACCGCUGAAGAGUUGAUCUUCGGCUAUGAUGACACUCUGGUUUCUCUGGCACACAAGUUCUUUCCCAAGCACAGGCGUCCCUUGUCACAGAUGGGACUGUUGCUUGGAAGAAAUGGUACUCUAAAUGAAGUUUCCACAAUCUACACUGGCCAUUCAUCCAUGGAAGAAUUUGGUUAUUUGGACAAGUUAAAUGGUCUCGAUCAUCUCCCAUAUUGGCUAGACUCACCGUGUAACAAAAUACGAGCAUCAGAAGGAUCUUUUUUCCCACCUCGUAAAUAUACCCAUAGUGACGUCGUGCACGUGUAUGACAAGGACCUCUGUAGAAUAUAUCCACUUCACUUCAAUGGUAUGACGAGUAAGAAUGGCAUUGAGGCUGGUAUAUAUCUGCCACCUGAUGACAUCUUUGACUUACCAGAGAAACAGCCAGAUAAUAAAUGUUACUGCGGAGAGAAUAAUGAAACAUGUCCUGCUAAAGGACUUCAGAAUAUUGCUCCAUGUCAGUUCGGAGCACCAGCUUACAUCUCCUUCCCCCAUUUCUACCAAGCUGAUCCGGCCCUGCUAGACGCAGUAGAGGGACUGAAGCCAGAGAGAGAAAAACAUCAGACAUAUUUCUUUAUACAACCUAACUUGGGAGUCCCAGUGGAAGGCCAAGUACGAGUUCAGUUUAACCUGAAAGUGGAACAAUCACCCAAUAUCCACUCAGUCGCCAAGUUUCCUGACAUUGUCUUCCCAGUCAUUUGGCUUCAAGAGGGGAUUGCAGAACUCACACCCAGUAUACGACAUUGGAUUUACCUGGCUACGACAGUGGCUGAAGUGGCAGCCCCCGUCUUUGGAUAUGGCUCUAUUGUAUUAGGAAUUCUUAUAUUGGUUGGAGUAUUCAUCAAAGCCUACAAAAAUGUUUUAUUCAUAAAGGAGACUUUGAAGAAAGGCAGAGAGACUAUGCGAAGAGGAAGUAGUUUCAUCAUUAAUGGACAGCACAGACUUCUGAUCAUUCGAGACUCUUACACGUUACUAAAUGAUGUAAACACUGAACCAGAUCCAUGUCCAGAUGGUAAUCAAGAUCAUGGAGUUUGAGAUGUUCACUGGUAACCAGUGAGAAUUUUAUGACAAUCUGGGUCAGAAUCUGGAUCCAGAUCUGGUGAUAGUCUGCUCUGACAGUCUGCUCUCCUCUGAGGCUGAGUGAAAAUGCUUCACUGUGUACCAGAAGAGAUGGAUAUUCAACCAAAGUAUACUUGAUUCCUUUUUUACAAUAUACUAUACAGAUUUAGAAUUUUAAAUAUGUUGAAAGUGGCAUAAUAUUAGUCACAAGAACUACCAUUUUAAGUUCUGUACUGAAGAACAGAAUGUAUGCGACUGAGGUGUCACGUGUUUUUGCUCAAUAUUCAUAACCAUAUCCUUAGCACAUUCUGGAGCUGAAUCAUUCUAACCAUUCAACUGAAUCUACUAAGAAGCCAGUAGUUCUUUUCUAAAAAUCUUAAACUGCUUGCCGUCCAAACAAACUUUGGAGCCUUCAUGUUUCAAACCAUUUCGCAUCUAUUCUACUGCUUACUGUUAUUUUCUUAGUGCGAUAUAAAAGUUCACAUUAGUAUAAAUUAUACAGAUAUGAAUUAUGAAUAUCUCACUACAUGUGCCAGAAUUUAUAUUUUUUAUAUACCUAAAAUAGUAGGUAACUUAGCUCUGUUUGUGUAGUCUCGUAAAUGUAUAUGAUAUGGGCAAUACAAUCUGAAUUACACAUUAUAGAGGUCCUAAGAACAGUAUUUUUAAGACCCAAGGGAAUGCAGUUAUCCAAGGAAAAGACAUGUCUUUCAAACAAUCCUUAGCAUUAUCUCUGACCAGAUCUGGUUAGAGAAUUCUGUGCAGAGUUUCACUUCUAAAGUUUUGAUUUUAUCAAUGCUGGAAGUAUGAGGCCUCUUUCUGGUACAGUACACGUUAAACAGAAGGGCCCUUGUCACGAUGUCUUUUGUAACAGACUCUGUCUCGUGGAUCUUCAAUAACUGAAGUGGAUAUGCCACAACCCCAAAAUUCAUAAAGAUUGCCAAAGAUGAGAUACUAAUGGGAUGGAAAUUGUACUCAUCCCCUUUAUAAAUAAGUCCUGGUUCUUUUUGAAAGGAUGAGUAUGAUUGUCAGUUAAGAUGAAUACCUUAUCAGAAGACAGGUGUACAGAAUUCUCCAAAUCACAUGAAAGAGCUCAGAACUGGUAGUGGGUACAUUUAAACCCAUGGUACAGUUUCUGUAUAGUAGUUUUUAUGAAUAAAUAAAAAAUAAUAGUUGUAAUUAAACUACAUUUUUGUAUACAAUAAAAUAGGAAUGGAUAAAAUUUUGUCUGUUUUAUGAAUAAAUAUAAUUUUUAGUAAAUUCUGUAAAGGUUUUGCACUACCCUUGCAUGCUUGUAUACUAGAAAAGUGUUAUUUUAACAAUGUAAUGGUAAUCACUCUGAAUCUGAUCAUCUAAGCUGAAAUGAAGGACUUAAUUUUGUAGAAAAUAUAAGAAUUCCUGGAUACUAAGACACAACGAUGGUAGAAUUAGCUGGUAACUAGUGAAAAGCAGGACAUUAAGAAUUUAUUUUUUGAUGCAUAUUCUGUACCUUGUACUUGUACUUAAGGUUGGUUGUCUUAAUCUUAUGUGAGUGAAAUCAUGAUCCGAGUUCAGGCUCAGCUGACUGUUUUGCUACAGACACAGGAAUCUGAUGUGGCAUAUACAUAUUCAAAUGUACUAUAUUCCUCAGUAGUUUCCUGAUUAAAAAAUCCUGGAUGCACUUCCGUACUGGUUUUAUAUAUGCAUUCUAUAAGAUGCAUAUGCUUGAAGGUAUUAUAUAAAUUGCAUGUCAGUCUCCAUUAUAUCUAGUAAAGAAACUUUGUUUUGAAAUAAUGAUAAAAUCCAUCUGUAGAUUGCUGAGUCUCAGCAGCUACACCAGAACUGCUUUAACUAUUCCUGAUACAGACUUUGCUUACACUCAAAUAUUCUUUCUGCCUUAAUGCGCUUACAGGAAUCUUGUGACACUACACCAAUUAAUAAGUAUUUUUAUUUCUUUCAAACGAUUAUUUCCAUUGGAAUUAUUCACACCAGAGCCUAUCAGUAAAAUAAAUUAAUGUAUAUAUCUGCA